AUGAGUCUCUUGUCGCUGAUCCGCGAACUGACGAUCAGACCACCUGGAAGAACUGGUAACGGGAAGGAACCGUGGACGGGGAUAUCUUUUAAUCAUUUGGUGGCCCAGAAGAAGUGCAAUGCUGAGGCUCUCUUGGCCCAAUCAACCGGCGAAGUACCACCGGGAGACCAAGCAUGUCGUUACUGCCAGGAAGGCAAAGGGAUUCUUGACGGUUGUGUCCGUGUUCCUAACGAAAAGUUUUGUGCCAACUUUCAUCUUUGCAGUGCGAAAAAACGCUGCAGCUUUGAAAGUGACACAAAUCUUGCCCCUGCCAGCUCUUAUAUGGUCAUUGCACAGGCAGGUAAAGAAAAGCCAUCAUCCUUAACCCUGGAAGAGCUUACCCAGCUCCCUGACCAAGGAGAAAAGGGAAAUUCGAGGGGCUUCAAGAGAAAGUUGCCGAGAUACAGCGCUUAG